GGCCCUUGUAGUGUCCUAAAAGAAGUUAUCGAUACUCGAAGCUUCUCGAAACAUCACUCGGUCCCCUCCUUGGGCCAAACCCCAGAUCCCGAAGCCCCAAAUCAGCACCGCUCCGCAUGGACCAUCCGUGGCGCUUCCCCGCGGGCGCCGGCACCGGCGCCGACCUCUGCCCGGUCUGUUGCGCGCGCCACUUACCCUUCUGCCCGCCGCCGCCUCUCCCGCCGCAUCCCUUCCCCUACGACCUCCAGCCGCCGCCACCCCCUCCCCCGCCGAACCCCUACCCAUACGACUUCCACCCGCCUCCGCCACCACCGCCGCCGAUGUGGGGCCCUCCACCUCCCGGGCCGCAUGACCCGCGUCCCUACGAGCUCCCCGGCAGGGAGGGGCCUCACAAGCGGAUGCGCGUGGGCGAGGCACCACCGUUCGAUCCGUACGACUUUGUGCCUCCACCGCCUCCGGGAAGGGCUUCUGUGGAGGGCGAUCGGCUGCUCGGCCUCAUCCGGGAUCAUGGCCGUAAUCGUAAUCCACUUCCUGGUUGCCCACCUGACGGUGGCUUUGGUUACGGAGGAGGUAGAUUCUAUCCCCGGCAAGGAGGUGAUUUCGCGGAUUUCUACCAAAUGUUGCCACCUCCCAUGCCGAUUGAAGAUUGGCAUAAUGGCUUCGGUCAAGGUUUUGUGCCCGAAGAAGGCCCUCACCGGAAGUAUUUUGACGGUUCCAAUCACCAUUUCCAUCAGUUCCACCCAGAGGAUUUACGACCUCUCAUGCCUGGUGCGCCGCUGCACCCUCCACUGCCUCGCUAUCCUGAGGCAGCCAAUCGCCAUGGUUCACAUGCUUGGCAUCUUGAGGCAGGUGCUGUGCCACUGCCAGCAGAGCCUCCAUUCCCCUCUAACCAGGAUUACCGUGCUGCACCGCCAAGGCCGACUGCAAAUUCGUCAUUGUUUCCUGUCCUUUCUGGUUCUCCAACAACCGAAAUUGUUCCGUCGACCGCUCGUACCUUGCCUCAAGCUCAUCCGACGCCAAACACAAACCGUUAUGAUGGACACAUCAAUGAUGAGGGGUCAGGUUUCAUUUAUCGACCGCAGUCAGAGCAGAACUUGAUAGAUGGAAGGCCGGCCAGUGCACAUUAUUCUCUGGAAAAUUCCAAAGUCACGAUCAUCAAUGCUUGUGAUUUGUUCAAGCAGCCCCUUCGUGCUUCACGCCCUGACCAUAUUGUUAUCAUCCUCAGAGGGCUUCCAGGUAGUGGAAAGAGUUAUCUGGCAAAGGCAUUGCGCGAUCUUGAAGUCGAGAAUGGUGCAAAUGCGCCUAGGAUCCAUUCCAUGGAUGAUUAUUUCAUGAUUGAAGUUGAGAAGGAAGUGGAAGACACUGAAGGCUCUAAAUCUUCUAGUGCAUCAAAAGGGAGGAGGCAGUUGACCAAGAAAGUGAUUGAGUAUUGUUAUGAGCUGGAAAUGGAGGAGACUUACAGGUCAAGCAUGUUGAAGGCAUUUUCAAAGACCCUUGACGAAGGAAAUUUUACAUUUGUGAUUGUGGAUGACCGCAAUCUGCGGGUAGCUGAUUUUGCUCAAUUUUGGGCAACUGCGAAGAAAUCAGGCUAUGAGGUGUACUUGCUGGAGGCACCAUACAAGGAUCCAACGGGCUGUGCUGCAAGGAAUGUGCACGGAUUUACAUUGGAUGAGAUAAAAAAGAUGGCAGCAGACUGGGAGGAGGCUCCACCACUGUAUCUGCAGCUAGAUAUACAUUCAUUAUUCCAUGAUGAUAACCUUCGUGGCCAUUCUAUACAAGAGGUAGAUAUGGACACUGAGGAUGUUGAUGAUGCUAAUGACACAACUAGCAUCAUUGCUGAGACUUCACAGAAGGCUGUACAGGAUCCACCAUAUGAAGGCUUCUCAAAGCCAGGGGAGAAGUGGAACUCAGAAGUAGAAGAUGACCGGGAUGGCUUAAAAGAGCUAGGACAGAGUAAAUGGUCAAAAGAUUUUGACGAUGACACCGAAAAGUCUGAAAAUACAGAGGAAAACACACAUGCUCUUUCUGGCCUGGCCCAGACAUAUAGCACUGGACGCAAAAGAGUCAGUUGGGGUGAUCGGCUUGAAAAGGGUGGGUUUUCCAUUUCUGCAACUAAAAGAAAACUUACUUCGUCACUAGUCAUAGGGCCUGGAUCAGGGUACAAUUUGGUCUCCAACCCCUUGGCUGAAGAUGAUUCCACAGGGACAAAAGGGAAGACAAACAACGAGAACAAAAGACGGUUCAGUGAACAACUUCGUGUUGAAGGUGAAUCCUUCAGGGCAGUUUUUGACAAGACAAAGCAGCGUGUUGGAGUUUUUGAGAAUGGAAAUGAGGAAUAAUCCUUGACUAGAGGUUCUUUUAGUUGUUUACCCUUCAGCGUUUUGGAUGCCUAAGAUGACUUGGGAGGAGACUAGUGCAGGCAGCUUUGAAGUCACUGUUUUGUCGCUUGUCAUCCUGCAGCAAGUCACAAUUUGAGCCAUUCAGUGAAUUAUGGGAUCCAUAUUCCAUAGUCCAAUCCUUUGUCAAGGGCGAUGAGCAACAGUAUAGUUCCAAUGUGCCGUUCAGUGAAAGCAAUGCGGUCCUGUAAGUAGCUAGUUGAGAAAUUUUGUUUCAGGGGCUUGUCCUUACAACCUGCAAGGGCAACCCCCACAUGCCACAAGGAUGUACUGUACCUACGUAUCAGCCACACUGAAUAGUUGCCAGUAGUCUUACUUGUUUCUGUUAGGAAGGUUGAUACUAUUAGAAACUAGUCGGCCUUCUUUUCUACUACUGUAACAAGUAAACUGUCUGAACAAUUGCUGUUUUAAAAGAGAAAUGGUGUUACGUUCCGGAUCAGAACGCAA